AUGCCCGGUACGCGCAGUCGCGCUAGCGCCGUAACCCAGAUUCACGACGAUGCAGACGAGCAACAAGAAGCAUCCACCGGCCUGGCCUUCAAUCAACCCUUGACAUGGCGCGCCGGAAAGCCCAUCCCCGUCGCUGAGCUUCUGCGUCGCCUGCAGGCUCUGUCGCAGGAGCUGCGGGGCUUGGAUCAAGAGGAGGCAGACCGCGGCGCCCUUAUGCCCGUCGCGAAGGAGCUGGCAUCCCAGAACCUGCUGUCGCAUAAAGAUCGCGGUGUCCGUGCUUGGACUGGCUGCUGCAUCGUCGACAUGUUUAGGCUCUGCGCGCCUGAUGCGCCUUACACCGCGUCGCAGCUGAAGGACAUCUUCAUGCUGUUCAUCAAUACCAUCUUCCGCGCCCUCUCAGAUCCUUCGGACCCUUACAACAGCCAGCACUUCACUUUGAUGACCGCCUUGUUCACCAUAUGCUUCGAUGUUUUAUCUGCAACCCUGGUCGAGGAAUCCCAAGGCCUUCCCCCAGAAGUUGUCGAUGUUAUUCUGGCCCAAUUCCUGCGCGCGGAUCCAAGACAAUCGACUCUGCUGCUGAAGGAGGCUCCGCCUGCAUACAAUAUGGCGAAGAACAUCUGCAAUGCUUGUGCGGACAAAAUGGCACGGUUGAUCAGCCAGUACUUCAGCUCGGUCAUCGUCGACGCAACUACAGCAGCUGUUGGCCCUCUUCAUAAAUCUGGCAAGCACCGGGGCAGGACGGAGAGCAGCAUUGGGGAUGAGCCUGACGAUGAUCGGCCGCGUCAUGUCACGGAAGAGGAUUUACAAGAGAGCCGCAAGGCACACAGACUUUUACGCGAGCUUUGGCGGUCCGCUCCCAUGGUUCUGCAAGACAUUAUGCUUCAGCUGGAGGCCGAAUUGGCGGGUCCUCCUCCGCCGCCAUCGCGCAACGACAAAUCCCCGGUUAUCCGUUCGGCCUGGGUUACGAGCAUUGCUGCGAUUAAGACCGUUGAAAGAGUCCGCGACCGGAAGCCCGCAGUCCGCACCGAAGCCACCAAUCUCCUUGGCAAAGUUUGGGGAGUCGCCGCUGGCGAUGUCAAUGUUCUCAUCGACCAUGUGCUUUUCGAGCAACUUCUGCCGCUCGGUUAUCCGGCGCUCAAGAACAAAUCCCACUCUGACAAGCUUAGAGUCGAGAGAAUCCUCAUCCUUAUCAGGGAUCUUGUUCAGCGAUCCAAAGUUGUCUUGUUCGCCAAACAAGGCAACCAAGUCAUGCUGGCCAAGUACAUGGAGGCGCUUCUGAAGAAGUGUGAAGAUUACAACGGUGGUGUCAUGGAGAAGGGCGAGAAGGAAACCAAACUUCACCUUGGAAAGCUUAUCGACUACCAUGCAAAGACCCUGCCCGAGUCCUCUAGAGCCUCGGAGGACCUCUGGAAGUUCGCGAAAAUGCAUGACCGCCGGGCCUACCAGCUCAUCAGGUUCUGCAUCGCUCCGGACAGCGAUUACAGAAAAGUUUACAAGGCCAUCAAGGAAUUCACCAAACGCAUGGACGAUGCCACCGCAAGCGUUUUGCUGUACAACAAAAGCCAUGUGCCUGCCAUCAUUGAAUUUUCACGGACGGACGAGAAGGGUCUAGGGAGCACAGCUCACGAAGUCCUCAAGGAGAUUUCUUCUCGCAACCCUGACGUUUUCCGAGGCUAUGUGCAAGAGAUGUGCAAAGCGUUGGAAAACGAAGCACCAACAGCGAAGAAACCGAACGGUCCUGGUGCGGUUGACGACCUCAAAGCUUGCGCAGGGUUUGCCAAACGGUUCCCGAAAGAUGUCCCAACGGAGCGUAAAUUCAUUCAAAGUAUGAUCAAUUUCGCGGAGUACGGCACACCACCUAAGGCCGCCAAGUACGGCGUGCAGAUCAUCCUAACCAGUACGGACAAGAAGGAAAUGCAUGCCCGAGAUCUUCUGCGCAAGAGUACAAAAGGCUUUGAAUACGGGAAAGGCAAUUAUCUCGCUCGUUUGGCUGCCAUGAGUCAACUCAUGCUCCUCGGUGGAAAGACCAUUGAGGAUGAGAUCGACCCGGUCAUCGACAUCUGCAUCAACCAAGUCCUGCUUACCAACCCAGCACCUGUCGAUCCCGCUGAUAAUCCUCCAUGGAAAGAUGAGCCAAGCGAGGACUGCACAGCUAAAAUGUGGGCACUCAAGGUACUUGUGAACCGUCUCCGCGGCCUUGCAGGAAACGAGUCCAUAAAGGAGACGUCUACUCCAGUUUUCCAGCUCCUCAGGACUCUGGUUACCAAUGACGGCGAGCUGUCCAAGAAGGUCGAGAGCCCUGCGGCUCAAAAAACGAGAUUACGUCUACUUGCCGCACAACUUCUCCUCAAGCUCUGCCACGAGCGUCGCUUCGACGUCUUGCUGUCGGGUCAAGCCUUCAACGAACUUGCUGUCGUCGCUCAAGACCCUAACCCGAACGUGCGCGAAGGAUUCGUCAAGAAGCUCAUGAAAUACCUCGGCCAAGACAAGCUCCCCAGGCGCUUCUACGCGCCCGUCUUCCUCCUCGCAUUUGAGCCGGAGCCACGACUAAAAGACGGUGCGACGACCUGGAUCAAGGCGCGACAGUCGGCCUUCUCCAAGACCAAGGACCCCGUGUUCGAGAACAGCUUCGCGCGGUUCCUCAGCCUUCUGGCCCACCAUCCAGACUACAGCGCGGAGCCGGACAACCUGCGCGACUUUGUGCAGUAUGUCAUGUUCUUCCUCAAGACGGUGGCCAACGCGGACAACAUCUCGCUCAUCUACCACGUCGCCCAGCGCGUCAAGUCGGUCGAGGACGCGAUUGAGCCCGCCAAGAGCGAAAACUUGUACGUGCUGAGCGACCUUGCGCAAGGCGUGAUUCAGCGAUUCCAGACACUGCACGGAUGGAGCAUUCAAGCUUUCUCGAAGAAGGCGCGCAUGCCGGCCGACGUGUUUGCAAACUUGCCUGGCCACGAAGUUGCGCAAGAGAUUGCGGACAAGCAGUACGUGCCUGAGGAGCUGGUGGAUGAGCUGGAUGACCUGGUGAAGGCGAGUAUGAGGACGAAGAAGCGCAAAACCGACUCCUCAGGCGACGCCGCUCGUGAGAAGAAACGUGCCCGCGCUUCCCUCGCAUCUACCAGGGGUCUUCCUGUCCGCAAGGCGCCGAAGCUGGGUAAAACUAAGAAAGCGAAGAAGGCUCGUAAGGGAGAAGAUGUUCCAGCCAGCGAGCGCAGGCGCAGCGGCCGCGUCGUCGGUGAUCGUAGCUAUGCGGAGCUGAGCAGUGAUGACGAGGAGAAUGCAGAUGAGGACGAAGUAAGCGACGAGGAGGAGGGGAGUGAGGGCGAGGGAGACGAGGAUGUGGAGAUGGUAGACCAGCCUAGUGAGGGAGAGGAAGAAGUCGCUGAUGAAGAGGCGGAGGAUGAAGAUGACGAGGGACAAAAUGGAGCGACGGGCGAUCAGGAAGAAGAGGAGGACGAAGAGGAAGUUGAAGAAGAGCAACCGCCGCCGAAAGCCACGCCGAGAAGAGCGCGCGGCGCGAGUAGGAAAUCGGCGGCGGCGGAGACGCCAAAAGGUGGUGGUGGUGGGAGUGCGGUAAAAUCGGCGAAGGGCAAGGAUAAGGAAAAGGGAAAGAAGAGCAAGAAGGCGGACGAGGUGGUCGCCACGACACCCCGGGCAUCGAGGAGAGGUGGCAAGGCGGCAGCGGACGACAAGCCGAACGGCGAAGCCACCCCGGCCAAGGGCGAUUCGGCGGAGGGAGGAAGACGAUCAACGAGGAGGUCGGGCAGAUCGUAA